UUGUAUCGCGCAGCAGUGCAGCCCGCGCUCUUGUCCAGUGCGCGUCACAUCCUUGCGUCUCCUGUCAUCCGCAGUUACGCUGAAGUCAAUAACUCAACUUUACUGAAAUAAAGGCUCUACCUCACUUCAAAAGAAGUUUCAAGAGCAAGGAUAUUAUCUUUGGCAGACAACCACAAUGUCAAAAAUGAUUUCAAAUGGGGAUUCAAACAAAGCGUCAAAGACAUCACACAGCAGUGGACAUCUCAAGUCACAUAUAUUUCAUUGCUUGACGACUCUCAUGUGUUUCAUGUUGUCAGCGUUUUCGGUGUCGUUUUGUUUGUUUAUGAACGCGAAAACUUCUCACCUUGAGCGUAAAAUGGAGUUUUUGGAGAUGGAGCGACUGUCUGUUCUUCAACCUGUGCGCGCGACACUGGAUGAGAACGCGACCCUUUGGGAUGCGAUUGAUAAACUUUUGCAACUGAGACUCAAGGAAGGUGUGUCGAAAAUUCGCACAGCGAGAGAAGCAUCGCAAGAGUGCUCGUGUCCUCCAGGUCCUCCAGGAAAGCGAGGAAGAAAAGGCAACCCUGGAAUUCCAGGGAAUAACGGGCGGGAUGGCUACCCGGGUCCGUUGGGUAUGGAUGGUAGGCCUGGACCUCCAGGACCAAAAGGCAGUCAGGGAAUGCCGGGACCAAAAGGAGAUAAGGGUGACCAGGGAGACAUGGGACCUAGGGGACCACCAGCCCAUGCGUCCUCUGCAGGCCUCCUCAGUAAUCAGAUCCUCACAGUAAAGGGUGAUCAAGGUCAGGCUGGACCACCAGGUCCCCCCGGACCUCCAGGAACACCUGGCCCCAGAGGUCCUCCAGGAAACACAGGCAGAGAUGGGCCCCAGGGCCACCCAGGAGAGCCGGGUCCUCCUGGAAAAGAUGGGAAUGAGGGACCAAGGGGGCCACCUGGUGUGCAGGGUUUGAAUGGAGCUGAUGGCAUGCCUGGGCCACAGGGUCCUCCAGGGCCAAAGGGCAUGCCAGGUCCUGAGGGGAAGGGAGGAAUGGAUGGAUCUCCUGGUAAGGGUGAAAAGGGAGAUGUUGGGGAUCCUGGACCACAGGGCUUGCCUGGAGAGAAAGGGGCUACUGGCUUCAUUGGUGAUCUAGAUAUAAGACUUCAAGCUUUGCAGGGGCCUCCAGGAUCUCCUGGAGAGCAAGGCCCAAAAGGAGAGAUGGGUUUACAUGGAGCGCCAGGACCUGAAGGAAAGCAGGGCCAGAAGGGAGAGAGAGGUCAUACAGGAGAACCUGGAGCAGCAGGAGUAAAAGGGGAUAAGGGGAAUAUUGGGCUGACAGGACCUUCAGGGCCAGUUGGGCAAAAAGGAAAUCAAGGAGAUUCCAGACUUGAGGACAAUCUGGCCCAGAUUAUCUCUUUGCCUGGCCCACCAGGGCCUCCUGGACCACCUGGGCCUGCGGGAUAUCAUGGAUCGCCUGGACCUAAGGGAGAGCCUGGUGAUGCAGUUAAAGGAGAAAGGGGGGAUAUUGGAGAGAGAGGUCCACUUGGGCCACGGGGUCUUCAAGGUUUACCAGGUUCUAAUGGAUUGGUAGGCCUGCCCGGUGCAAAAGGUGAAAAGGGAAAACAAGGAGAACCGGGAUUAGACGGUUUUCAUGGGCUUCAAGGAGAAAAGGGGGACAGAGGAGAUAGGGGAGAAAAGGGUGAGAGAGGCUUAAUGGGAAAGAAAGGUCUGAAAGGACAGAAGGGAGAACAGGGACCUCCAGGCCUUGAUCAGCCUUGUCCUGUGGGGCGAGAUGGACUGCCGAUACCCGGAUGCUGGCAUAAGGAAGAGGCCUCAGGACAGGGCGGCAGAGCCGAGCACCCAUCUCAGCCUUAAAAGACAUUGAGUGGGGUACGUGGAGGGAGUAUAGUUUGCCAAAGGAUAGUCCAAAGGAAAGGGCUUGCCUGGAUAUUGCACUGGAUCUGAACUGGCGUACAUAUGGACAAAUCUGUACUCAGGAAACGCAAGGGACUAGCUCAAAAGGAAACAGCAUAUUGUCUUUUGUUCCGUUUAUCAAUAAAAAAUACACCAGUGGAGUAGUGCAAAUUGUAUAAUAAGUGAUAUUAUGUACACAAGUUUUUUGGGUAUUUUUAAAGUCUUGUCUUGGUGUUCAUAAGAACCCCCACAUUGUAUAAACUAAUUUUAUUCAUGGUUUUUGUAAGGAGUUGUUUGCAUCCCAAUUGAGUGUUAUAUGAGGUCUGUGUAAAUGAAAUAUGUAAUUUUUACAAUACAUUAUAUUUUUUCACUUUCUUUAAAAACCUAGUCAGAAGUUGUUGUUUGGAUAACAAAGCAUUUUGUAUGCAUUGUGUUUUAUGUCGAAUCAUUGUUUUUACCCCACACUUUUUGUUUUAAUUUAGUAAAAGAUGAACGUUUAAGAUAAAGGUAUUAUAGACCCAUAGGCCUGAAACAUAUUCUACAGAACGUAUGUGAACUCAAAAAGAAGCUCAUUUUCAUGUGUUGUGUUCCCACUGAAAUACGAAAGUAUUUUUUGCAUUCUCAGCUUUACUUUAAGGUGCUCUAUCCACCUUCACAACAACACAUCUCAUUUUAGAUUCAAAAUAUCUUCACUGCCCUCUCUUUAGUAUUGAGGUCUAUAAUAACCACUGCAAUAACUCUUAGGGUGUGUUGUUGGUCAAGCAUACUUGUAAAGUAUGUUUCUGGGCCUAGUAUGACAAGCAAAUGCCAAUUAGAAUAGAUCUUUCAUUCAUGUGGAAAAAUGAUAAUUCAAUCAACCUGCUUCUUUUCGUUUUCUAUAUUUGUACUUUAGUAUUAUAGCAACAUGUCUUUCUGUAAUAGAAACGUUAGGUAAUUUAUGAUGGCUUCUCUAGAAAGUUGUUGUAGAGACAUACGUAUAUACUGUAAGUAAUAAUCUGUGCCUACCAAAAUAUACUUUAUAUUAGAUUUAUAUUAUAUACUUUUAAUGUACUGACUUACUGGUUUGAAGCCCAUUUCUGACACAUAAUAAAAAAAAUAUGCUCUAAAAAAUCGAAAUUAUGAGGGAAAAAGUAAUUGUUAUGAGACAAAAAAAAUUGAAAUUAUGAGAUUAAAAAUUGAGGUUAAAAUUAUGAGAUAAAAAAUCUAAAUUAUGAGAUACAAAAUUAAAAAACAUUAUGAGGUUAAAAGUCAUAAUUAUGAGAUAUAAAUGUGCAAAAUUACGAGAAAUAGACAAAUUUAGGAUUUAGCGUGCGCAUGCGCAGUGCAGGCUGUAAACCGCACGCUGGCGACAUCCUCUGGUUUAAAUGGUGUAAAUGCAACUC